GUUGGGUUGUUCCUGUGGCGUGUAAGCUGAUUAUUGUUCGUUAACUCAGGCAAAGGUUACCUUUUCUGCUUUCUUUUCUCUCACCCCAUUCUGUUCUCUCUCUCUCUCUCUCUCUCUACCCACUUCCAUAACAUAGCUUUCUUUCUUUUGUACUUUUCACUCACAAAUAUAUAUACAUAUAUAGAAACGCAAACACUUUUUUUAGAAGCACUUCGUUGUUGUCAUCAUCAUCAUUGAGAGAGAGAGAGAGAGAGAGAGAGAGAGAGAGAGCAGAGAAUGAGUUCUUCUUCUGGUCAGAGCAGUGGCUAUGAUCUCUCCUUCAAGAUCUUGUUGAUCGGUGACUCUGCUGUGGGAAAAAGUAGCCUCCUUGUUAGCUUCAUCUCCAACUCUGUUGAAGAUAUUGCCCCCACAAUCGGUGUUGAUUUUAAGAUCAAGGUGUUCGAAGUAGGUGGGAAGAGAUUGAAAUUGACUAUUUGGGACACAGCUGGACAAGAAAGGUUCAGAACGCUAACUAGUUCUUACUAUAGAGGAGCGCAAGGAAUCAUUCUUGUUUAUGAUGUAACGAGAAGAGACACCUUCACAAAUUUAUCAGAAGUGUGGUCUAAAGAAGUGGAACUCUAUUCAACUAAUCAGAAUUGCGUGAAGAUGCUAGUUGGAAAUAAAGUUGACAGAGAUUCUGAAAGGGUUGUGAGUAAAGAAGAGGGUUUAGCACUUGCCCAAGAGUUAGGAUGUCUGUUUUUUGAAUGUAGUGCCAAAACUAGAGAAAAUGUGGAUCGAUGCUUCGAGGAACUUGCACAAAAGAUAAUGGAAGUUCCUAGUCUUCUGGAAGAAGGAUCUACAGCAGUGAAAAGGAAUGUUUUAAAGCAACAACCGCAACCCCAAACAUCCGAAAUUGGAGGCUGUUGCUCUUAAUUGGUCUCUCAGAUUCUUAUGUAAUUUCUCCUAUUCUUGUAUUUUCUUUACUGAAUUAUUGGGCAAUUGGAAAAAAUAUUGCCUAGUAGCUUGUGUAAAUUUCUGUAUUUUGUUAUUGUUUCUGCCCUAAAAAAAUUAUCUAUAUCCCGAUAUUAUGCAAUUGCUGCUUUGUGUGUACUUCAUUUUACAUCAUCUAUCAUAUCAAAAUUCUCUCUCA